CACCGGGGACGGUCCGUGUUUCACCAGCGGUGGAGUCGCAGGCCUCGGGCCCAAGACGCGUCCUCCCACGGCCGGGGUCCCACUGGCCGGCCAGGAAACCCUGGUCCCUCCCCCAGGCCGGCGGCCCCUCCUCCGGAGCCAUGGCGCAGGGCCCAGGGGCCCCGGGCUCUCCCGCGGGACACCCAGAGGCCAGGCCCGAAGUCUCCGCGUCCAGGGCGCCCACGCCGACCGCGUCGCCUUCGCAGGAGGCGGCGGACGACGCUCCGCCCUCGUCCUCGUCGCCCUGGGGGCUCUCCUCGCGGCCGCCCACCGCGAGCCCGGCCGUGGACAGGUCGCCUUCUUGCCAGGCCGUGCGGGGAGGGAUGGCGGCCGGCACGUUGCUGGAGGCCGGCCUGGCCCGGGUGCUCUUCUAUCCCACGCUGCUGUACACCGUGUUCCGCGGGAAGGUGCCGGGCCGGGCGCACCGCGACUGGUACCACCGCAUCGACCCCACGGUGCUGCUGGGCGCGCUGCCGCUGCGGAGCAUGACGCGCCGGCUGGUACAGGACGAGAACGUGCGCGGGGUGAUCACCAUGAACGAGGAGUAUGAGACGCGCUUCCUGUGUAACUCCUCAAAGGAGUGGAAGAAUGUGGGAGUGGAGCAGCUGCGACUCAGCACAAUAGACAUGACUGGAGUCCCAACCUUGGCGAACCUCCAGAAAGGAGUCCAGUUUGCUCUCAAGUACCGGUCGCUGGGCCAGUGUGUCUACGUGCAUUGUAAGGCUGGGCGCUCCAGAAGUGCCACUAUGGUCGCAGCAUAUCUAAUUCAGGUGUACAACUGGAGUCCAGAGGAGGCUAUAAGAGCCAUCAGCAAGAUCCGGUCACACAUCCACAUCAGAUCUGGCCAGCUGGAAGUUCUCAAAGAGUUCCACAGGGACAUGACUGCAGGGGCAGCAAACAAGGAGACUUACCACACAUCACAGACGUGAAAUACACAGAUUAGAAAGAACUCAAGACGCCCCUGCUCGCUACAGAGUCAAACAGUUUUAACAGGACCAAGGGGACUAAAGCCCAGACUUGACAAAGCAGAAAUGUGCUAAGUAAUGGAUAAUUUUAAUCCCUUCCUGAAGUAACACUGUUGUGUGCUGAGAGAGA